AAGAAGAAGAAGAAGAUACAAAAGUCGUGUUCGACGAUGUAUUUAACAAACUUGUUACUUGCCCCCACCCAAGUGGUGUGGGACAGGGAGGAUGAGGCACGCGAACAAAAACUGCGCCAGAGGCCCGUGUCAGCGUUAGUCAAAGCUGUCGUCACCGCACCACCUUAUGGACAGCGACGAGGAUGGGUGCCACGCACUCCAGAAGACUUUGGAGAUGGAGGAGCCUUCCCCGAAAUUCACGUUGCACAAUAUACACUUGGAAUGGGGAUGAAGGGCAAGGAAUCGACAAGCAAUGCCCUGGCGAUACAACUCGACGAUCAAGGAAAAGUAAAAUAUGAUCUUAUAGCAAGACAAGGUCAUGGCAAAGAUAAAAUUGUCUAUAGCAAGUCGAGCGAUUUGCUACCAUCAGAAAUUACAAACGAGGAAGAUCCUACCUUGCAACGACCUGUCGAUGACAAAAUUGAAGAUGAGACGAAAAAAGCGUUAAAAAAAGAAACGAGAUCGAAGAUUGCGGCGGCCAUGCCUGUGAGAUGUGCGGAGAAACAAGCUCCGGCUCAAUAUAUACGUUAUACGCCGUCGCAGCAAAGGCAAUCAUUCAAUUCAGGCGCAAAGCAGAGGGUUAUCAGAAUGAUGCAGGCACAGGUAGAUCCUCUGGAACCACCGAAAUUCAAGAUUAAUAAAAAGAUUCCGCGAAGACCUCCGUCUCCUCCAGCGCCUGUCAUGCAUUCUCCCACGAGAAAAGUGACGGUAAAGGAACAAAAAGAAUGUAAAAUUUUACCGUGUAUAAGUAAUUGGAAAAACGCAAAGGGUUAUACAAUCCCGUUAGAGAAGCGUCUUACUGCGGACGGUCGGGGCUUGCAACAAGUUCACAUCAACGAGAACUUUGCCAAUCUAAUAGGAGCUCUUUACAUCGUUGAAAGAGAAAUCCGUCAAGCUGUCGAAAUGCGCGCGCAGAAGGAGAAAACAUUGGCUCAGAAGGAGAAAGAGAAGAAGGAGGAUAAUUUGAGGCAACUCGCGCAAAAGACCCGAGAAGAGCGCGCCGACUUGAAAUCUGCCGCGACGCUAGAUAAGGCUGAAGAAUCACGCGAGAGAGACCAACUCAGACAAGAGCGGCACAAGGAUCGCGCUCGCGAACGUAACUUGGCUCGCGCCGCGCCUGACAAACGGUCUCGUUUGCAACGCGAACGCGAACGCGAACGCGAACGCGAACGCGACAUCAGCGAGCAAAUCGUUCUCGGCUUACCCGCAAAAAGCAUUCCUAGUUCGGGAGAGGCGCAGUUCGAUCAGCGUCUCUUUAAUACCAACAAAGGGAUGAACAGCGGUUUCGGACACGAUGACGAGUAUAACGUCUAUGACAAGCCGUGGAAAGAUGGCAAUUCUAUCGCUUCGCACAUUUAUCAUCCCAGCAAGAAUAUCGAUAAAGACACGUACGGAGACGAUUUGGAGAAACUAGUUAAGACAAAUAGAUUCGUUCCUGACAAGGAAUUUAGCGGAGUCGAUAGAUCAGUCGCUCUAUCGGGACCGGUACAAUUUGAAAAAGACGAAGAGGAUCCUUUCGGUUUGGAUCAGUUCUUGAAACAGGCCAAGCACGCCAGUAGCUCGACCACGAGUAGCUCGAAGCGAGAAAUGUUGAGAAUUGACACGUUGAGAAUUCUUGCGUAGUAUUUCCAAAUAAAAAGAUAUUUGCGUUUUACGGCUGUUUAUUAACUGUCAAGGGAAAGAGGUAGACUUAACCUCAACUCGGAGUAUUUUCGAAGUGUGCUGAAGUGAUCUGUAUUAUAGUGUUAUUUUGAGCAAAUAUCUUUUUAUUUGGAAAUACUACGCAAGAAUUUUCAACGUGUAAUUUCUCGCUUUUUUCUCACAUUCCAACAUGGCUGCGACGAGUACCCAGAAGCCUUAAAAGUUUAUUCCAUUGUUAUGGCACGAAUCUUACUCCCUGGGCACGAUUUAAAAAACCAUUGGAAAACAUAGAAUAUGUAACACAACUUAUUUUUAUUUACAUACAUAUACAUAGAUAUAUAAAUAAAAAGACAUUACUUUUUAAAUAUAAUUAAUUAUUAAUCAUUGUGAAGAUGUAUUGCACACUUCUGCUUUGGAAUGUUAGGAAACAUAGCAAGCAACCCUAUGUUUUGUCAUUAUAUUAAAUUCUUGGAUCGCAUCUUGAG